CUCAAUUACUUGGAAGAAAAUAGUUCUACUAGUGCAUGAUUAAUCAGCUCCUUGCCCUGAAAAUCAUCUGGGCAUAGACCAUGAAUACUUGAAAACUGCUUUGAGGAGUACAGAAGAAGCACUCAAAGGUGAGUGACUGAUGUCUGUCCUCUGGCAGCUUCUCGACUUCUCCCCUAGAGUUGCCAAAUUUCUAGAAAUUUUGAAGCCAUGGGAAUAAACAUUUUUCCUUUUUUCUAGAAAAAAAAUAAUUUUGGGGAAAAGUAUUCAAUUUUCUUUUUGUUUUUGUUUACUACUCUUUACAGAUCUAAAGUUGCUUUGUAGGUUUAGGAGUGAGUUCCCCAACCUGGUGCCCUCCAAAUGUUUUGGAUUUGAGCUCCUAUCUGCACGUUCCCAUCAGCAUGGCCAAUGAUCAGGAAUGCUUGGAGUUGUAGUCCAAAACACCAGGAGGGCCCCAGGGUGCUUUUGGAACAUAAACUAUAUUUUGUAUAAUUCAUUUUGUUCAUGCAAUGAUCAUUAGAAUUCAAAACAGAAUAAGCAAUACUUUUAAAUUUAUUGUAAGAAACAUAAUCUUAUCAGCAAAGCAAAUUAUACAUAGUAUAUAUUUAAUUUCCUAUUUUAAGCCUACCCAAAUGGAACAGAAAGGUGGCAUAGAAAACUUAAAAUAAGUGACUAAAUAAACCUACAUUCCCAUAAGUGAUAAUUCUGCAACUCAGUGCAGUCGAAACUUAUAUUACUGAACAUUUAAAAAACCAGGCUUUACAUAACAUUGAAACUGGAUUUAAAUAAAUUACAUUUUCCCAUCUUUCCAUUUGGCUCUAUGUUUCAUAUAUGUGGUCAAGACAUGAUUUUACAGUGUAUUUUGCUUUUGUGUAUUCUUUUAAGAUGAGAUGAAAUGAGAAUGCUGAUGGAAACCUUGCUUUGAUUGACGGAGUUGCUGAAGCAUCAACUAUAGCGAUGUGUGACCAUCCUUUCCUUUUCUCUAUCACAGUUCCUAGUCCGUUCAGGAAUUUGCAGUCUGCUCAUCUUGGGAACUGCAUUGCAGUCAGCGGGCCAUGAGUCACCCAGUUGCCUCCUGCCUUGGCUACAUGUAGCAGUCUGUUCACAGAGAGUGAGGGAAUUAAUGCAUUUCAGGCCUCUAAACAACUGGAGCAAUUUGCUUGCACCAUUUUUUGAAAGACGUUCAAGACUGCAUGGUACAAUGUGCUUCUUCCAGAGCAAGCGCUUGCUGUACCCAAAGACUGUGGUCUGUUGGUGUGCGUGGAAACCUCUGCUAUGAAUUCAAGUGCCCAUUUUAGGUGUCUGUUUUCAAGAUCAUUCCUAAUAGACACCCCCUGCCCCAUCUCUCUAAGAACCGUGGAAAAGUGCACUUCAUUUGGGACGUUUUCCUUGGGCUUGACUGGGAACAGGAAACUCAACUUUUUCAUACAAUUUUCAUACAUUAACUUUCCUACCAUAGGGUUUCCGAUGAAUUUGAAUAUCUUUACGAUUAAACAGACUGAACCAAACAGUAAAUCGGUUCUACUUCAGCUUGUUCUUCUCCUUGUGAGGUUCUUGCAAAAGAAACCGAAGGUGAAACUUACCCUGGAAGCACCCUUGAAACCAGAAGAAAAUCCUGCAGAGGCUUUCACAGAUUCGUCACUCUUUGCACAUUGGGGCCAGGACCUAAGCCCAGAGAACAGGCGCAUUGCCCUUAAGCAGUUCCAGUAUUACGGCUACAAUGCUUACUUAAGUGAUCGUCUUCCCCUGGAUAGACCAUUGCCUGACCUUAGACCUAAUGGGUGCAAGAACCUCACAUUUCCAGACAGUCUUCCUGAGGUCAGCAUAGUUUUCAUAUUUGUGAAUGAAGCACUCUCAGUGAUACUUCGUUCCAUUCAUUCUGCUAUUGACAGGACUCCCACUCAUUUGCUUAAAGAGAUUAUUUUAGUGGAUGACAACAGUAACAAUGAAGAUCUCAAAGAGAAGCUAAAAGAAUAUGUUGAUGAGGUGAACACACGGAAGCCUGGGUUCAUCAAGGUGGUUCGACACAACAAGCAAGAGGGGCUGAUUCGAUCACGCGUCAGCGGCUGGAGGGCAGCCACGGCUCCAGUGGUUGCACUCUUUGAUGCGCACGUAGAAUUCAGCGUGGGAUGGGCAGAACCAGUACUCACCAGGAUCAAGGAAAACAGAAAAAGGGUCAUUUCUCCCUCAUUUGAUAACAUCAAAUAUGACAAUUUUGAAAUAGAAGAGUACCCUCUAUCAGCACAAGGGUUUGACUGGGAAUUGUGGUGUCGAUACCUAAAUCCACCCAAAUCAUGGUGGAAGCUGGAAAACACUACUGCUCCGAUAAGGAGUCCUGCACUGAUUGGAUGCUUCAUAGUUGACCGGGAGUAUUUCCAAGAAAUCGGCCUACUAGAUGAAGGCAUGGAAGUCUACGGAGGUGAAAACGUGGAACUUGGGAUCAGGGUAUGGCAGUGUGGCGGUAGUGUUGAAGUUCUGCCUUGCUCUAGGAUUGCUCACAUUGAACGAGCCCAUAAGCCGUAUACAGAAGACCUGACGACUCAUGUCCGAAGAAAUGCACUAAGAGUGGCUGAGGUCUGGAUGGAUGAAUUUAAAAGCCAUGUUUACAUGGCAUGGAAUAUCCCCCAAGAGGAUUCCGGAAUCGACAUUGGUGAUAUUUCUGAGAGGAAAGCCUUGAGGAAAAAGCUGCAAUGCAAGACCUUUCGGUGGUAUCUUGUCAGUGUGUAUCCGGAAAUGAGAAUGUACUCAGACACCGUUGCCUAUGGGGUGCUGCAGAAUUCCCUAAAAAGUGAUUUGUGCCUUGAUCAGGGGCCAGACACAGAAAAUAUUCCAAUCAUGUAUAUCUGCCAUGGAAUGACACCACAGAAUGUCUAUUAUACCGGUAACCAGCAGAUGCACGUGGGAAUUCUCAGUCCUACGAUUGACGAUGAUGACAACAGGUGUCUGGUGGAUGUGAAUAGCAGACCCAGGCUAAUUGAAUGCAGUUAUGCCAAAGCCAAAAGGAUGAAGCUUUACUGGCAAUUUACUCAGUGAAUAUACAAGCAGAGCAGAUGCAGAAACAUUUAGCAUACAUGAUGUCACAGGGUAAGUUGCCUCAUAGUUCAGUUGCCCAGAGAGAGGCAGCCCAAAAUCCUCCUGGCAACAGCUCUGUGCUCUUGCUGCCCGCCCUCUCUCCCCACCCCAUGUCCCUCUGGAUCCAAGGCCUCUCCUAGCAACUGGCUUCCAUUAAGAGACAUUUCCUGACCAGCCUGAACCAUUAGUUGGUAAUCUGCUUUACAAAAGUAAAUGGCCAGCUUUUAUUCAUGCAGAAUCUUAACUAUGCACACACUUUGCAUUCUUUGGUUUAUGAUAAAGUAAAUUGUAUUUUUAAAAAAAGAGAGAACAAAAGUGCCUUCUGUUAAUUCUCCUUUAAGUAAUAAAAGUGAUACCCCCUCCCCGUCAUUCCAAUCAUACAUAAAUGGAAAUGACAGAUUGUAAAGGGCGUUUAGGAAUAAUAGGAAUCUGAGUCCAAAACAAGAUCUAACACCAUUCCUGACAAGAUGCACUCAUUCCAUUAGUUUUCUGUGAGCUCAACUGUUCUUAUUAGUUAUUUUUUUAUGUCUGGCAUGUGCAAACACACACGCACUAUGCAUAAGCAAUAGAUUAUGUUGCUUAGACUAUAUGAUCAGGAAGAGCCACUUUCAAAGCUAGAAUUUAUCCUAGUCCUAUCACAAACUGGAACUUUCUGUACAAGUUCAAUCAAAAGAUGAACUUGGUCACCUUCCAUUUACCAAGAGGAUCCAUGUAAUCAAGAAUAAGCGCAAAUGACAUUGUGAAUUUAGCUCCCUGGCACUUUGCUCUUCAUACAAGCCUGUAGGGCAUUUUUCUUCCUAUAAGCACUUUGAUGUUGCAGGAAACCCGAGGAAGCAUGUUGUACCCACAAGAAGGAGCACGGAGGUUACUACAGGACGAUCCUACUUUGAUAGUGCUGUGAUGCCUGCAUCCAUUUUAGUAGUAGAUCACAUGCCCCUGAAUCUC